GGGGGGCUCCGGCGGGGAAACGUCCGCGUUCACGUUUAGACUCGGGAAGCGGUUUGCAGAGGACGGGGCCGUGAAACCCGACAAGCGGCGGGGCCGGAGUAGCGGAGGGGGUGCUGGCGGGCCUAGCGCAGGGCGCCGAGGAGGGGCCCUGACCCGAAACGCUCCCCCGGAGCCCGGGGACGGUGGGGACUCCCGGCCCCGCCGGCUGAGGCAGUGAAUGGUGGAGCGGCCCCGCGCCCGCGCUGUCAUGGCGACGGGGCAGGUGGGGGCGGACCGCCGCGGGGACCCCUCCGCGCGCUGGCGUGGGCUGAGGCGGCACCCGUAACUGCGGCCCGGCCCCGGCGCCGAUUGGGCCCGGCUGGCACCCGUCGCCGCGGUGGUGUCUGGGAAGGAGAGAUCAUGGCGGCGGAGCCGAGCAAGACGGAGAUCCAGACUCUCUUCAAGCGGCUCCGGGCAGCGCCGGCGAACAAGUCGUGCUUCGACUGCGGCGCCAAGAACCCGAGCUGGGCCAGCAUCACCUACGGGGUCUUCCUGUGCAUCGACUGCUCCGGCGUCCACCGGUCCCUGGGCGUGCACCUCAGCUUCAUCAGGUCCACAGAGUUGGAUUCUAACUGGAACUGGUUUCAGCUGAGGUGUAUGCAAGUGGGCAGCAAUGCCAACGCGACUGCUUUUUUCCGCCAACAUGGCUGUACUACCACAGAUGCCAACGCUAAGUAUAAUAGUCGAGCUGCCCAGAUGUACAGGGAGAAGAUCCGGCAGCUGGCAAGUGCUGCCAUGGCCAAGUAUGGCACUGAUCUGCUUAUAGAUGGACUGAGUGGAGCCCCUGGGCACUCCCCUGACAAGAGUGAUGCUGAUUUCUUCAUGGAGCACACGCAGUCUUCCGGUACCUGGGAUGUAGCAGAUGCCAGCCAGAAUCCUGCACAGUCUUCCCCAGAGGUGGAAAAAACAGCAAAGUCAUCAGAAGGCACUGAACUGUCAAAUUCCAGCCAGGGCCCCUCCAUUGACUUGUUGAGCACAUCUCCUAAAGCUCCUCUAGACAUGUCCAUGUAUCUAUCAACACAAGGGCCUGCUCCUGCCAGAGAACUUAAAUCCUCCCUCAUUGGAAAGAAGAAGCCAGGAGCUGCCAAGAAAGGGUUGGGUGCAAAAAAGGGUCUUGGAGCCCAGAAAGUGAGCAGCCAGAGCUUCAGUGAGAUUGAGCGGCAAGCCCAGGUGGCAGAGCAGCUGAGGGAGCAGCAGGCAGUGGAGUCCAGGAAACAAGCUGAGGAGUCCAUAGUCACCUCAAUGCGACUGGCUUAUCAGGAACUGCAGCUUGAUCGGAAGAAGGAAGAGAAGAAACUUCAGAACCUUGAAGGGAAGAAGCGUGAACAAGCGGAGAGGCUGGGCAUGGGCUUGGUGUCCAGAAGUUCUGUUUCACACUCGGUGAUGUCUGAGAUGCAAGUAAUUGAGCAGGAGACGCCACUGGCUGCAAAAUCUUCCCGCUCCCAGUUGGACCUGUUUGAAGAUACCGGAAGCUUCACAUCUGGACCCCCAAAGUACAAAUAUAAUCCCUUUUCAUUCGAAGAUGCAUUUGGCUCACGAUGGGAAACGGACUCUUCAUGGGGUAUGGACAAAGAGGAGGAACCUGAGGUGACCAUUUCCAGUAUUCGGCCAAUUUCAGAGAGACCCACCAGUAGGCGGGAGACAGAGAACAGGACAUCUGUUGUGGAAUCCAAUGAAGCUCGGCAGAAGUUUGCUGGGGCUAAAGCUAUCUCUUCAGAUAUGUUCUUUGGGCGGGAGGCAGAUGCUGAGUAUGAAGCCAGAUCCCGACUGCAGCAGCUCUCAGGCAGCAGUGCCAUCAGCUCUGCAGACCUGUUUGGAGAGGCUGACAAUGUGCACUCAGGUGGUGUGUCGAUUGGAAAUGUCCUGCCUGCAGCUGACAUUGCACAGUUCAAGCAAGGAGUGAAAUCAGUUGCUGGAAAGAUGGCUGUCCUAGCCAAUGGGGUGAUGAACUCCCUCCAGGAUCGUUAUGGCUCAUAUUGAUGACCCAGAGACUGCAGCUCAAAGGGAAGCGAGCAAGAGGCACUGAUACCACCUUUGCCUGGAAUAAACUCUGCAGGAUUGUCUUAGUUUGUCUGGGGUGGGUGGGGAGGGGAGAAGGUAAGCAGAGGGGGUCAAGAUAUGGCUGUGCCCAGGAUGCUUUCCAAAUAUCUCUGGAUUCCACUCUAUUAAAAUUCAAUGUGCCCUCAUACCCACUGCUAUCUACUAGCCAGUGGAGACAGGCCUUCUUACAGGUGUAACCUCACUGCUGUAAAAGAUAUGACAGAAACUUCUCAGCUGCCCUCAUCAGUGCUCCUGUCCUCCUUGGCCCAUACCUUAGCUCACCAAGUGACAGAAGAAAGGGGAAUGCUAUUUUUCUGAACACCGUGUUACCUGGUUCCCACGGACGUGACUUUUUUUUUUUUUUGUUCUGCUCAGUGCUCCCAAUCCAUGGUAGCGUGGAGUCCUCUGUAUUUGCAGGGUCUGACUUUUACCAUGGGAUAAUCCUUUUUACUGUCUUGUAAACCAGCAUACAUUGAUGCAAGAAAAAAAAUCAAACAAAGCAAAGAUUAUUUUUUUAGCUUCUAACUGCAUCAUCAGCAAAAAAGGCACAGGUAAAGAAGUACUGUAAAGAUAUUUACUGGAUCCCUGGUUAUUUUGCUGCUCAGCUUUCGACCGAGGUCAAAGUCCUGAGCCUCUGACUUCACCAUGACGUGGACUUCUGAAGUGCAGCAAUGAGUGAGGACUGUCAUUUUAGUCCUGUUCAACUUGGCUCUCUGCUCCCGACUCUGGUUUUAACGAGAGCAUGUUUUUUCUCUUC